AUGCCGGGGAGUGAUGAGCUUCGCACUGCUUGGUCACUGUCAACUUUGAAGGAUGGCUUAUCAUUCAUGGAUGGGCAGCCUCAUCAGGAAUUGCUGAGUCUUAAAAGUAUGUCGGAAGAAGCCAUGCAACGUGAACUCGAUGCUUUGACUCGAUACCUGGACAAACCUGAUGAUGUUGGUCGUACUUGUCUGAGCCCUGUCUUCGCGGCUGUUUCGUCCCAGGCCAGUCCUCAGCAUAGUCCUUGUGUGCCGCCAAUACCUCCACAAACUCCGCAGCAGGUGACCGGGAAAGUUGAGACAACCCGAGAACAUGAUUCUGAUGUUGAAGUAGUUGCUGCUCCACCAAGCUCAACUCGCUCAACUUUGGUGUUGAAAGGACAUGAUUCCGAUAUUGAAGUAGUCGACGCUGAACCAGGCUCAACUUUGUUGUCGAAAGGACAUGUGAAAGAGGCCCCUGGAAAACCUACUGAGGAACCUUCCACAGAACAUGUUUCCAAGGCUUCACGGUGUGGUCCAACAGAGCCAAGUCCAUUGGACUUGCCAGGAAAGCCUACACAGCAAAGUUUGGACUUGCCAGAACUCGCUAGUGUGAUUCCGGAUAUUAAAGAUUCAUCCGCUCCCUUUUUUCGUGUGGGCGAACAGCAGAUCUCGAAUGAUGCUUUGAGACAGCGUGCUGCCCGGAUCUUUAAGCUCAGGGUGAAUGGGACGUGCAGGGUCAAUGAGGAGAUUAGGAAAGAGUGGACGGGAAAAGGACGGCCACGCCGUAUGCUUGAAGAGAUCUUCAAACAGUGUGGCUACGACCCGGACUGGGACACCUUUGUGGAAGAAGUAGAAAUCAUGCGUGCUGAAAUGAAGGAAACGGAGUUGGUCAUAGAGGGUGAGUUCGUGACAGUGCAGACUAUGGAGGAAUGGGGCUGGUCAGAGAAACUUGUACAAAGAAUAGUGACCAGUGCUCUUGCUUUUUGA